AUGUCCGUGGACAACGAGCUUCGGGGCAGGCUUGCCCUGAUUACGGGGGCAUCCGGAGGGAUUGGCGCAGGCUGUGCCCGAGAUCUCUAUCGACAAGGAUGUCAUUUGGCCCUCACAUAUUCCAAGAACAAAGCGAACGUCGACUCCCUCGUCGCCGAGUUGCAAGCCUCUCCAUCCGACCAGAGAAUAUCCUCCCACCAAGUUGACAUGGCAUCUACAGAAGAUAUGGAAAGACUAUUUCAAGAGAUCGGAACGGAGCAUAGUCAGGGGCCUGACAUAUUGAUUGCAAAUGCCGGGUACGGAAAGAGGAUACCUCAAAUACAGGACAUCAGUUACGAAGAGUGGGAUUAUACCAUUCAGAUCAACCUGCGAGCGCCUUUCGUUCUUGCCAAGCUAGCUGUUCCUCACAUGGCACAACAGAAAUGGGGUCGGAUCAUCAUGAUGGGGAGCAUAGCAGGAUAUGGCGGAGGCAUCAACGGCUGCCACUAUGCAGCAUCGAAAGCCGGUCUCAUGGGCAUGGUCAAAAACCUGGCGCUGAAGCUGGCCAAGGAUGGCAUUACUGUCAACGACGUUGCACCUGCGAUGAUAGGCGAGACCGGAAUGAUCCCAGACGCCAAAUUUCUUGUGGGGACCCCUGGGGAUGUUAAGAACAUUCCAGUGGGGAGAUUAGGCACAACUCAGGAAUGUGCUAAUGUCGUGACGAUGAUAUGUAAAACGGGGUAUUUGACUGGACAAAGUAUACUGCUGUCAGGAGGACUGAAGUAG